AUAACACAAAAAUAAUGACUAUGAUUGUGGGCUAGGAUUCUGACGAAAGAUCACAUUUGUAGACUAUAAUUAUCGUAAAAAGCGACUGUUAUUCAUAAACGACGCAAAUGGAACAAUCUUUGGAAUUGUUAGAUGGGGCAAUUGACCAAGCCCAGUCAAUAUGGGCUUCCGAUUUCAAAAUCUCUCUUCAAAGCCUAACAUUCACCGCAGCUCCCUACCUCAGGGCUCAGGCUAAUCUUUUUGCUCUGUGGAAGUGCUCAGAUCCUCCACAGUAUUGGCAGUUAGGGAUGGAGCGUCGUGGAUUGAAGCGGACAUUGACGGACCUGCCAGCUCCUCGUUUCAACCCCUGGAAGAGAGCAGAGCCUCUUUCACUGCCUUGGGAUACACGGGACGAAAGACGGGAUCACUUUGGAAGAUUUGAUCAAUAUGUUCAGGCUAACCAGGGGUUGGAUUUUGUUACUAAAUCUGCGGCCCUUCAGGCUUCCUCUUGUGUAGUAUCUCUGAUUUCGUUUUCUGGUCCCAACCACUUGUUCACUUGCUCUGGGAUUGUAAUCAAGUGUGAUAAUGUUGAUGAUGGUUUCUGUUAUACGAUACUAACUUCUGCCUCUUUACUUAGAGGUUCCUCCCACAAAUCUGUCUUACCCGAUGACUUAAAGGUGGAUGUCUAUCUAUCUAAUCGCAGCUUAUGUCGAGCUGAAGUAGAGUCAUAUGAUUUCCACUAUAACGUCUGCUCUUUGUCAUUCAAGUCUACUGCAUGCCUUCAAAUUGCUGUCAUUGGAAAUAUUGAUGGCUCCUCUAUGGCUCCAAUGCGCACUCAUAGUUCUAGAUCUUUCCAGCUUGUACCCCACCGUGAGACUGCAGUUGAUCUUUCCUCUCAAAUGGAUGUGAUUGCGUUAGGUCGAUAUCAUGAUCCACCAUACCACAUUAUGGCUGCACCUGGCGUGCUCAGGCUCGAAGACAGUGGUUUAGAUUGUGAAGACCUACUCAUGACUAGUUGUCGAAUUACAAAGAAUGGCAUUGGAGGACCAGUUAUCAGCUACAGUGGAUGUGUGAUUGGAAUAAGUUAUUACAAGUCAGUGUUUACUCCUUUUUUGCCUAUCAACAUUGCUCUUAGAUGUUUAGAGCAUUUGCGCACAUCCAGUAAAGUUCCUCGACCAUGGCUUGGACUAAAAUUAUCUGACCUUCACACACUAAGAUUGGGCGAGCUUGAAAAGAUAAAUCAGACCUUCCCUCAGCUUGUAGAAGGUGUUGUUGUCACAGAGGUGGAGCCAGAAUCCCCUGCUUCUCAUGCUGGAUUGUGUAGGGGUGAUGUCAUAGUUCAGCUUGACAGAAUGCCUGUUACGAGAACCCUCAAGUUUAAGGGUUUGGUGUUGGACAAGGCAAAUGGGCCCCUGGAAGUGAUUGUGAAGAGAGUGGGUUGUGAGACACCUUUGACACUGACCCUAUCGCCUCAAAGGCCCAAAAGGCGGAAUCGGUGGCCAAUACCCAAGGAGUGGUUUGUUAUCCGGCCUUGGAGAUGAGAUUGGUGUCGUCUUGUUUAUAUGUUUUAUCAGCAAAGUAAUUUAACAAUUAACACCCAAGUCGUCUUGUUUAUAUGGUUGAUGGUAACUCAAGACAUGAACCUUUGGUCCCUCUAGUCUUGCCAAAUAGCAUGUCAAGCACGACUUGCAGUUCGAUUGCUAGCGUGUAUUUUUGUGUGACUUUUAGAUUAUGUGUCUUUGAUAUCUAUAAUAGCGAGUAAUACUUUCUUCAUUUCAAUUCUUGAGAACCGCGACCAUUGGUGUUCCGGUGUGUAUUUAGUGCUCUAUAACAUUAGCUUAAUUUAGUAACUUUUGUUAGACCAUAUGGUAUGAUUUUCCUUGAUCCUUUGUUGUGAAUUCAGUGUUAUGUCUGUAUUUU